AUGUCAAAGGUAACUUCCAUGCCAUCAAGUGCCUCAUCUGGCUUCUUCCAAACCAAACCAGUCUUACAAAAUCAAUUCCAAGAAGACUCCUCAUUCCGACGCACCCUUGAUUUCUUCCUUCCCGCCACUACUAACCAAGCAAUCGCCGGGCCGCUAUCACACUUCAGCGAUGAGGUCCUCUCACCACGGAUGCUCUCCUGGUUACAGUCAGCCGAGAGUCAUCCGCCUACAUUGGUUCUCCGCGAUUCCUUCGGCUCGCCGCGGAAUGAACUUGUAACGAGUGAGGGAUGGCGGCAAACGCAGGACUUUGCUCUGCGAGAGGGCAUCGUGGCGGCUGGGUAUGAGAACGAGCAUGGCAUUCAUUCUCGUCUGGUGCAGUUCGCCAAGAUACACAUCUUCGGUGGGAGUUCGAGCACUGUGACUUGUCCUGCCGCUAUGCAAGACGGAGCUGCAAAGUUGAUCAGAUCGCUUCUGCGCGAUCCACAGACACCGCUAGAUGGGCYAGCUCAAUCUGCCAUGGAAAAUGCAUAUGAGAGGUUGACGAGCCGAGAUCCUUCUCGAGCAUGGACCAGUGGCCAGUGGAUGACUGAACGCGCAGGAGGUUCCGAUGUGAGUGGGACUGAGACUCGCGCUAAAUUGUUGUCCAAAGCCGAUGUUCAAGGAGGGACACAGGCUCUGGCGACCGAUGGCAGCCCUCUAGGACCGUGGUCUGUUGAUGGUUUCAAGUGGUUCUCCAGCGCCACCGAUGCGAACAUGGCCGUAUUCCUCGCCAAAACCGAUGCCACGGACCGUGUGAGUCUCUUCUUUGCGCCAGUUCGGCGGCAUGUAGAUUCCGGCACAGGCACACAAUUCAAUGGCGUCUUUCCGCAAAGAUUGAAGAAUAAGAUGGGGACCAAACCUCUCCCCACCGCCGAACUGGAGUUGAAAGGCAUGCGAGCUUACAUGAUAGGCAAAGAGGGCUUCGGCACCAAAGAGAUCAGCCCUGUGCUGAACGUCACCCGACUGUACAACGCCAUCGGGUCUGUCAGUGCCCUCGGUCGUGGACUGGGCAUUUCCCGGGCGUUCGCGCGAGUCCGUCGCGCUCUCGGGGGCCGAUUGCUGAUGGAUGUCCCGGCACAUGUUCGAGGACUGGCGCAUCAACAUGUCGAAUAUCGGGGACAUAACAUGAUGGCCUACUUUGUGGCCUACCUACUGGGCAUUAGCGAAAAGGAUGAGCCAAUCACGCAUUCCCUUCCGCUCGUGGCCUCCUCUGCCUGGACGCCUCAUCUGCUGCGACUGCUCACGCCCGUGGCUAAAGCGAUGACUGCACUAGCUGCGGUUGACGGAGUGCGAUUCUGUAUGGAGAGCUUGGGCGGCGUAGGGUAUCUCGAGAAUGAAGACAUUGAGCUCAACAUGGCAAAGGUGUUGAGAGAUGCGAAUGUGCUUCCAAUUUGGGAAGGCACCACCGAUGUACUGGCCGCUGAUUUAGUGCGCGUGGUGAAGGGACAUGGCGGGGCCAAAUCACUAGAAGCCCUGCAGGGCUGGACAGACAGUUUGAUCACUACCAAGGCCGUCGAUCGUCUGGGUCUUGAUGUACGGACGGUCUCUGCGGAGGUGAAGAUUAUUAAAGACCUCGUACGAGAGAAAGACGCCUCGGAGCUGCUGUAUCGUGGAAGGGAACUACUAGACCGGGUGAAUUGGACGGUCAUCACGACUUUGCUCGUGGCGGAUGCGGCGCGUGAUGGUGAUGAGGUUGCGGUGGAAGUGACCAAGCGUUGGUUGGCGAGAAGAGACGAAGCCUUGGCCGAGUGCCUCCGUCGACGAGCGUGGAAGGAGUGCGCWCGUCUUGAUCGUCGAAUUGUCUUCCCCGACCUCCCCACGGACUCGGCAAAAUUGUAG